GCCAAUGGGAGCGGGCGGUGUUGGGGUGUGAGAGAAGCGCUGCGCGCUGAGCUGUGGGAGCCGGGUGGCGUGGGCCUGCUGCUGCUCUGUCGUUCUCCCCUCCCUCCCUGCAUCUUCUCAGGGCCCUCAGGCGCUCGGCAUGGGGCUGCUAACUGAGCUGGCCCGCGGGCUGGUGCGGGGCGCCGACCGCAUGUCCCCGUUCACGAGCAAGCGCGGCCCUCGGUCCUACAACAAGGGCCGGGGGGCCAAGAAGAUGGGCGUGCUGACGUCCAGCAAGAAGUUCAUCCUCAUCAAGGAGAUGGUGCCUCAGUUCGUCGUCCCGGACCUGGCGGGCUUCAAGCUCAAGCCCUACGUGUCGUACCGCGCUCCAGAGGGCUCGGAGCCGCCCAUGACGGCCAAGCAGCUCUUCACCGAGUUGGUGGCACCGCGCAUCGAGAAGGACGUGAAGGAGGGAACCUUCGACCCAAACGCGCUGGAGAAGUACGGCUUCGAGCCGACACAGGAGGGGAAGCUCUUCCAGCUCUUCCCCAAGAACUAUGUGCGCUAGGGGGCAAGCGGGGCUUCCCGGUGUGCCGGGCUGCACGCGGCAUUGUGAGAGACUUGGCCUGCAACUGCAGUUUGGGACGCUUUGUUUCACUGAGUAUUAAAAGCAAGCCCUUCCACUGUAUCUUUCUGCAGUGUCUGAUUUAAAUUGCUGCAGGGGAACUGGUUUCCUGCUAGAGACCAAGGAAGGUGUUGGUUUUGUCUCGCUCAGCACAUGUAGUUGCACUGCGUGGGUGUGCAGGUGUCCUGCUGUCAGAGCUGAGCUGCUGAGCCCUCGUGAGGAGCUGAAGGAGUCUGGCUCCAGGCUGCUCCCAACUUCCAGGAACAGGGGAGGAGAACUCUGCCUCUGGGAGUU